AUGGCGGAUUCGGACGUUGUGGCCGAGGGCAAGUCGCCACCGACGUCUCCUGUGUCCGAUACCAAGACGACCAAGACGUUGUCUCCGUCGACUGAAGCACAAACCAAGACCGAAGCCCAAGCCGACAAGGACUCUGUGAGCUCAGGAUCACCACCAGCAUCGACGUCCUGGAAUGACAACGACGGAAAGACAAGCAUGGCCCGCUUCAUGGAACCUGAUCCAGAAACCAUCCACCCCGAUGUUGACCUCAACGACCGAAACAAUCUCGUUCGUCUGCUCGCUCUCUACCAGUCCGGCUGGGAACAGGGGCGCGGGCGCGGUCCCCGAGAACACGACACCUGUAUCUGGUGUAGAGGACCUGUGGCAUCAAACGUUCAAAUCCUUACCCAUGUCGGCACUAGCAACAGUUGUAGGAACAGCUGGCCCGCGACCUGCCUCAUGGACUGGAUCAACCAAGAGCUCGACGUUGUCCGCAAUCGUGUGUUGCGAUGCCCCAUGUGUCGAGAGGAGUUUUUUAACAUCUACACUCAGUCUCGCGCCGAUUUCAGGGCGAACCAAGGAGGACCGGAUGCGGAGCUUGUGAUUAAUGGCGCCUGGUUGAGAUGUAUUCUCUUCAGUCCCAUCUAUGCCAGGGAGUUUUGUGUCAAGACUGGAAAGCCGAUCAUCAUCAUCAAGAGUGAGGAAGCCAGGAAGCUCAUGCUUCUGAACAGAGAGAAAGCCAUCUUCAACCCAUGUGAAGGGCUUGCUCGAACUCCCUACGAGGUGAAGGGGAGGUGGUUUCGUAGACUCAACCUUCCAGACACAUCAGCCACUGCUGGACAACCUCAACCCUUCGCUUCUGCUGAAGCCCCAGCCCUCUCCUCUGCAGGACAAAUUCACCCCCUCUACGCUGCUGGACAAGCCCUCAUCUCCGCUGGAGAUAUGUCUGCUGGACAAGCCAUCGUCGCUACUCAACAAGCCUUCGCCUCAGUCCCGAGUCUACAUGCUCCAGCCAUUCCCACCAAUCCUGCUGGACAAAUCCAAGCGCUCGAAACCUCUGAACUCCCCAACCCAUAUGCUCCAGCCAUUCCCCUCAGUCGUGCCGAGAAAAUUGACGAGCCGCCAAAACCCGCCUUCGACACAGUCUGGGUCCUCCUCGAUUGGGGAAACAACCAAUUCCGAAUGGCACCAUUCUUGUCUGUCCAGGCCCAUGCCUUGAAGAUCCUGACGGAGGAACAGGGAGGAGUUGUGAAGACCAUGACAGCAGAUGAGUUCGCUGCGAUGGCCAAGGAAAAUGGAGGUCUGAAGGCCGCGGUUACGGGCUUCAAGGCUGACGGUGUCGAAGAGAUGGAUGAAAUGGAGACCUCGGGCAAGAACUGGCUAAAGAAAUUGCAGCCUGAGUUCUCGGAGGACGGUCCAUACGCGUCGGAUAAGACCUGGUAUAAAAGACUUGUCGAGUCUUUUCGAGUCAGGCUGUUUGAGCCACCAACAGAUGGCGACAAUGACGGCGACGGCGUCCUGGGCGUCCAGGAGCAUCCCCCCGGUGUACAGACGGACGCGGAUGACGAAUGGGAGGAUUCGGAAGAGUCCUUGCCGGACGAUGCGCUCGAGUAG